CAACAAAAAGAUAAUACAUAUUAUUAAUCUGUGCCCUUAUUCCUGUCUAUAUCCAAGAUUAUUACCCCAGAAAUAAUAACUUUGGAACAUUAUUUGCGGGUCAUCGCUUUGGGCGGCAUCUUCAAAUCAUCGAAAGGAGCUUCCUGCAUCUCCAAGUCUUCGUCAUCUCUGUUGUCACUGUCAAACGCCCGCUCAUUCCUUGCAACCCUCUGCUCCAAACGAGUUUGCUUCCUCAUCUUAUUGAAAAAAGAAUAGUAUAGGCUGAUCAGAAGGAUGGUGAUGAAGGCGACUGCGACGAAGAUGAUGCCCACGGUUGCGGGAUGCUGGAACUGUUUGCUGCAAGUCAUUUCUGUUGGAUGGAUUUACUUACAGGUCCCUUAAUUGGCAGAGUUCCUUCCGGCAUGUUAUACUUCUUGCGAUAUAAAUAUCGUUUAUUUGAUUAUUAUUCCGAUUGGAUUUUGGGGCGGCGAGGUUGACGUUUGCGCCUGGUGUCGCCGCGGAGGGUUUGAUGAGUGCAAUUACUUUCGUAACUGACAAGGGAACAUAGUAUUUAAAUGCACAGAGAAGAGAAUCAGAUCAAAGUUGGAUCUAAUUUCGACGGUGCCUGGAGCUAUGGCGCAGGGCUACUCGAGUACUAUCAUCACAUCAGAGAAUCGGCGCCCCUUUCCACUGCUUACAAAAUCUCGAACCCUGGGGAACUCGAGUAAUGAGCAUAAAGUUUUAAAUAUGCCAAUAUUAUCAUCAAGUCCAGACGACGAGGCAAUCUCCUCGCUCAAGAUGGGACUCCAGAACCCGUGCCUGCUUAUUCUCCCUACUAUCAAUAAUCCCUUUGAAAAUGAAGGCGGGCAUUUUAUAUUCUGUAUGCUGCCAGCGUCAAGCUUUCUCUGACGUUGCACUUGCACUUGAAUGCCGUGCGCAGAGUUUGGAACAUUGUGUGCAACAAUGUUGAACUUCUUGACGUGGCUGGUAUCUCAAAGUAUACAUUGACCUCUUUGGGUGUCUUGCAUCUGUUGCAGCCGCUGAAUUCAUGAAUAAUAGUGAUCAGGUUUGUUUUGGUGACGUGGUUCAGGGUUUGAAGGUAGGGUACAAUGUGGUGUGAAUAUGAAGGUGUGGAGAUGCAUGCUUUGAAAACUGUGAUUUGCUCG